AUGGUUUGGUCGCCAUUUAUUUUGCAUCUCCAGGAUCUCGAUCAGAUUCCGGGAAGUUCCACAGCUCUGGAGCUGAGUGAGCCACCCCUUGCGGUGCAGCCGGUGGAGGACUUGGUGCCAUCUUCGAUGCCCUGCUCGUCAACAGAAUCCCAGGCUGAGGAGCCUGGUGCAGAGGCUGCCGCAGCGCCUCCAGAGACUGACAUCGGGUCAUCGCUGCCACAGUCACGAGAGCUGCAAGAGCUACAGGCGCCAGCUCGCCGCAGCAUCUCGGAAACCUUGCGCGCUGCCUCUGCCGAGGAAGAGCCAACGGAGGGCACCUUUGAAGAUCUGCUGGGCCACCUAGAGGCAUCUCUGAUGCAGGUGGAGUGUCGGCACGCUGUGGCGCUGCAGCGUGCCGAGCUCCAUCUGCUGACAUUGCUUGGUGGCCUUCGCGAUUUUCUAACAAGGUCCCUCCGUAGCCAGCCACGGCACCGCUCGAUGGAGCUGGUGGGCUGCGCGCGGGCCUCGCGGCUGCGGGCCGUGUUGGACUCACUGCAAUUGUCACCAGGCCGUUCAGACGACCGUUUGGUCAGUUGCCGUGCCGUGUGCGAUGCAGUGGAUGAGGUCUUGGCGGACUUUGGAUUGCAGGAGACUCUACGCCAAGAGCAACACGAGAAGCGCCUGGCCUUGCAACGGGCUUUGGGGGAGAAGCGUCGCGAGGAGGCUGAGCUGCACCAGGUGCAGAAGCCCACGGUGGAAGAUGUCGCACUGGGCUCCCCGCGAGGCGACCAUGGCAUGCUCAACUGGAUGCUGACAUUUGCAGAAGCCUUGUCGGGCAAGGUGGGCAUCAAGCUCUCAGGCAUUUGGCUCUUCGCGCAUGCGUGCCACCUAGGUUUGUAG